AGAGGGCAUUUUUAAGACAUUUAACGCCCAGGGGAAUGAAUUGGGUCAGAUUAUAUGGUUCAUACAGGCUUCUUUCACUUUCCCUAUAUCUAUAUCUGUACUAAUUUCUAUGCUCUCUUCGCAGCUUUUUAAUUUUCUUUGUAUUCAAAGAGGACCACAUAUGUCAGGCCGAGCAAAUCUGCUUUCUGGUUGGACGAUCCUGUGAUUUUUUUUGUUUUGGGUCCUAAAAGACAAAAAUAAGAGGAAACUAAAAGAUGGCAGAAACUGGAAACGGAGGCUAUGUCGAUAGUGAGGCAGUGGGGGCGACGAAAAUGCUGGCAGCCGAAUUGUGCAAACAAUUUUAUGGGUUGGGAUGGGUUUCAGGAACUGGGGGUAGCAUCACCAUUAAAGCCCAUGAUCCUGCACUGCCCAAAUCAGAACAGCUCAUUGUUAUGGCACCCUCAGGAGUACAGAAAGAGAGAAUGCUAGCAGAGGACAUGUACGUUUUAUCUGCAAAAGGCUCAGUGUUGUCUGCCCCUCUACCUAAGCCGGUCCCCCACAAGCCCCCGAAGUGUAGUGAAUGUGCUCCUCUCUUUCUCAAGGCAUAUCAGAUGCGCAAUGCUGGUGCUGUUAUUCACAGCCAUGGGUUGGAGUCAUGUCUUGCAACUAUGAUUCAUCCUUUCUCAAAGGAAUUCCGGAUAACUCACAUGGAAAUGAUAAAGGGAAUCCAAGGACAUGCUUACCGUGAUGAACUUGUUGUUCCAAUAAUUGAGAAUACACCUCAUGAGUAUGAGUUGACAGACUCUCUUGCUGAAGCGAUUGCCGCUUAUCCAAAGACUACAGCAGUUCUAGUGAGGAAUCAUGGAAUCUAUAUAUGGGGCGACUCAUGGAUAAGUGCCAAGACCCAGGCUGAAUGCUAUCACUAUCUUUUUGAUGCUGCCUUCAAGUUAUAUCAGAUGGGUUUGGACCCAUCCACUCCGGACCAUGGCCCAAUAUCUAAAAGGAUGCAGUCACUGGUACCUGGGGAAACCCAACAAAAUUGUGUGAUACCCAGAGCUCUCAAGGAAUAUGGUGGCACGGAAUCAUCUUAUCGCUGCAUUCUGCUGGAUAUAGAAGGGACCACAACACCAAUAUCGUUUGUGUCUGAUGUUCUUUUCCCUUAUGCUCGCAACAAUGUAGGGAGCCACUUAAGGGAAACUUAUGAUACUGAAGAAACUCAAGCUGAUAUCAAACUCUUGCGGAUGCAAGUGGAUGAAGACCUUAAGCAGGGUGUUGGUGGUGCUCAACCUAUCCCCUCUGCUGAAGCUGGAAAGGAUGAGGUGAUUAAUGCAGUGGAGGCUAAUGUAUCUUCAAUGAUAAGUGCUGAUCGAAAAAUUACUGCUCUGAAACAGCUCCAGGGCCACAUAUGGAGAACUGGAUAUGCAAGGCAUGAAUUACAAGGGGAAUUGUUUGAGGAUGUGCCAACAGCACUUUCAAAAUGGCAUGCUGCAGGCAUCAAGGUCUAUAUUUAUUCCAGUGGAAGUAGGGAGGCUCAAAGACUAAUUUUUGGAAAUACCAAGUAUGGAGACUUGAGGAAAUAUCUAUGUGGAUUUUUUGACACCACCACUGGGAACAAAAGAGAAUCACGCAGUUACUCAGAGAUAUGCCAAUCAGUUGGUGUCGAUCAUCCAUCCCAAGUUCUAUUUGCUACAGAUGUAUUGCAAGAAGCUGUUGCAGCGCAAAAUGCUGGUCUGCAAGUGGUUCUUUCAGUGCGGCCAGGAAAUGCUUCUCUUCCUCCUGAUCAUGGAUUCCAUGUUGUAAACUCUUUGUUAGAAAUCUAAGCAAUGCAAUUGGCUGAGCAUUUUGUCUAGAGGUUCCACAACACAAGUUCCUUCCCACUCUAGACUUACUUCAUAAGUGUAUUAUAGCUGUAAGCAUUGCAUGUCUGUCUAUUUUGAAAUUAAUUUUAUUCUAUGAUUCUGUAGGAGUUGGCAGUGGAUGUUGCUCCACCUGUUAGUUCUAAAAAUGCCUAGUAUUUGAGGAAUACUACAUCAAAUUAGACAUGGUUGUUAGCAUUUCUUCUUCCAGUGGAUUCUAUUCAACAUGCUUUCUAAGAAUGUAAAAACAUUGAAUCGUCUAUGCCCAAGUGUGUAACUUGAAAAAGAA